AUGAAAGUCCUGGUUUUGUUUCGGAGGGGUCGGCAGUUGGGGAGGCUCCCAAUCCUUCACCAUGCUGCGCUUCUGCUGCGCCCAAUCCGUCAUCGACCGCAUCGAUCCGCUCGUGAAUCCCGGGCAAGCACCCUCGCCACACAUGCACCAGGUCGUUGGCGGGAAUGCGUUUAA